AUGUCGACCCCCCGUGCCCGUCGUUCCCACGCCGGAUGCUGGACAUGCAAGGCAAAGCGCCGCAAGUGUGACAGUGCCCGCCCGACUUGCCGAGUCUGCAGCCAACAUGGAAUACCAUGCGAAGGAUAUGAAGUACGUCUGCGCUGGGGAUCCGGCAUUGCCUCGCGCGGUCACUUUACCGGCGCCGAGGCCCCAGUAGAUACGUCCAUUCCUCCGAGGGUUCCUGGAAGGAGGAGAGACCGGAAUCGAGGGAGGCGGAGGGAAGAGGAAGGGGAGACGCAGGCACAGGCGGCCGAGGGCUCUUCAUCUCAGGACUCCCAUGAAGACUUAGCCCAGCCAUACUCGAUUUGUCGAGUCCGGGACAUAGUACAGAUAAGGAAUGGCUUUUUCAAGAAUGUGGGCAUAUGCCACGCGGCAGACGACUGCACAGCAUGCCAGAAUGUGGCUGAUCAUGUAGUUCUAUCAUCUGGCAUCAAUACCCUGCACUCAACGACAGUCCACGACGAACAAACCCUGCUGAAACCACGCCUUCCAGUACUAUGCCAACAAUCCGAGGCACUGUAUACAAUAUGCAUCGCUCUACAAGCGUCGCUGAGCCGAGAACCAACUGCUCGUUCCCUGGAAUACCUCGACAUCGGCCUGAAUAAAUUCCGCGCUGAACUUUCUACAAGCGAGCACCAUCUAGAAGAUGGGACAUUGACGGCUGGGUUACUCUUGUGUACGAUUGGGGUUAUGCAUGGCAUUCCAUGGACGAUGCACCUUCGAGGGAUGUACAGCAUUCUUCGCAUGCAUGACGUCGAAGGCGCACACCACCAAGAACGAAGUGCAUUCCGCGCGCAUCUCUUCGAGGUAAUGGGCAUUAUGGACCUGCCCACAUUUUCAAUUGGUCGCCAGCAUUCCCAGCUCGGAUUCUGGAAAGAGUAUUGCUGCAAGGGAGACCGCACCCCCGGGAUCGAAACCGGGGUUGAGGUAGUAACUGGCUUGCCGAGGUCUCUGGUGACGAUAUUUGCGUUCAUUGGUGAAGGGUCUACAGAAACAGACUUUUGGGACUGGUCUGGUGCCCAGGGGACCUUUACCCAGUGUCAGCUGUGGGAGGCGUAUCGACUCGCUGGGGUGUUGGUAGUUCGCCAUGGGGGACCUGGCUUCCCACGCCCUUCAAACAGAGAAGCCAUGAAUCCGGCCAUGCAAAGCGGCGCCAGCCUCACCUCCACCACAGUCAUAGUUCUGCGACUGCUGAGCUGUGUGGAUGCCGUAUGUCGCGGCUCUCUCGAUCCAGAAUGCUGGGACACGCUCAUCAUCAAUGCCAUUUCGUACCCGGUCUCUAUCGCCGGACUGCAGAGUGACGUUUUGCAAAAGGAUCCGAUAUUGAAGGAAUUCAUACGGAAGUCUCUGCGUUUCACCACUGAAGGGCCGUUUUUGAAUAGGCAGUAUGGCCUUCUCCUGGACUUGCUGGAAGAAUACUGGGCGUACCCGGUUGGGACGGUUGAUAUUGAUCGGCUUGCGCGGACGAGGGGCGUGGAGUUGGGGUUGUUCUAG